AUGGCCGAGAAAGAGGACUAUGGGCCCUCGAAGACUGAGGCGCCAGCAAGCAACAAAAUCCCAUAUUGGCGUUUGGUCGUUGACCAGGGUGUGGUGACCCAAGAGGUUAUUGAUUUCCCAUAUCCCGGUUCUGGAACGGAGGAGGACCCAUAUGCUAUUACCUGGAUCCCCAAUGACCCGCGGAAUCCCUUGCUUUUUGGCCCUUUUAUGAAAUGGUUUAUUACGAUGAUUGUGGCCAUCGCAACUCUCGCAGUCGCGCUGGUGUCAUCUGCUUAUACUGGCGGUGUUACAGAGAUCAAGAGGGAGUUCCAUAUUGGUAAUGAGGUUGCUACCCUUGGGGUCUCUCUUUUCGUCUUGGGUUUUGCAGUUGGUCCCUUACUCUGGGCUCCUCUCAGUGAAAUGUUUGGUCGUCAGGUCGUCUUCUUCGGCACAUACCUCGCACUUACUGCCUUCAACUGUGGCGGUGCUGGCUCCCAGAACAUCCAAACACUCAUUAUCCUUCGCUUUUUUGCUGGUUCCUUCGGCUCUUCGCCAUUCACGAAUGCCGGUGGCGUCAUCGCUGAUAUGUUCUCUGCGAAAGAGAGAGGUGUUGCGAUGAGUAUGUUUGCAGCAGCUCCUUUUCUGGGUCCUGUUCUUGGCCCGAUUAUUGGUGGAUUCCUGGGAAUGAAUGCUGGAUGGCGCUGGGUGCUGGGAUUUUUGGGUGCCUUUUCCGGCUUUGUUUGGAUCCUUGGCUCCCUCCUUGUUCCUGAGACGUAUGCGCCGGUGCUUCUCCGUCGUCGUGCCGAGAGGCUUUCCAAGAUCACUGGUAAGGUGUACCAAAGUAAAAUGGACCAGGAUCAGGGCCGGACCACCCUCAAGAGUGCAUUUCGUACCGCAUUGUCGCGUCCAUGGAUAUUGCUGUUCAAGGAGCCGAUUGUGUUUUUGCUGUCCCUAUAUAUGGCAAUUAUAUAUGGUACAUUGUAUAUGUUAUUCGGUGCCUACCCCAUUGUUUUCCAGUUGCAUCGCGGCUGGAACCAGGGAAUUGGAAGCCUUCCGUUCUUGGGUAUCAUGAUUGGUAUGAUGGCCGCUGUGGCUUACAGUAUUCUGGACAACAAGCGGUAUAUCAAGGUUGAAGCAAAAUAUGGCGGUUUUGCGCCCCCGGAAGCUCGUCUGCCGCCGUGCUUGAUUGCUUCGAUUACUAUCCCCGUGGGAUUGUUCUGGUUUGCCUGGACAAACUAUCCUUCUAUCCACUGGAUAGUCAGCAUUCUUGCAGGAGCCCCUUUUGGAUUUGGCAUGGUUUUGGUGUUCUUGGGAAUCAUGAGCUACCUGAUCGACACAUACACAAUCUUUGCAGCGUCCGUUCUGGCAGCCAACUCCGUGCUGAGGUCGGUCUUUGGUGCCGUCUUCCCUCUUUUUACCACCUACAUGUAUAACGAUUUGGGUAUCCACUGGGCCUCGUCUAUUCCAGCAUUCCUGGCUCUUGCUUGCGUACCUUUCCCCUUCUUGUUUUACAAGUAUGGUCCAGCAAUCCGGACUCGUUGCAAAUACGCAGCCCAAUCGGAUGCGUUCAUGCGCAAGAUGCUACAGCAGUUGAAGGAGCAAGCCGGUCCCGAUCCCGAACCUGAGAAAGAGGAAGAAAAUUACGACCGCACUGAGGCACCGGCCCCUGACUUUUCUGACCAUAGCGACGAAUCCGAUUCGAAUGUCGAAGAGCUUCCCACAAUACACCAGAUUCGCAGCAAGGCCUCUGCGCGUACGGUUGCCUCUGCCAGAUCGGUGUAUGAGGGGAAUCCGUACGUUAUUGACCGAGUCAAUACUCACGACUCCUUCAAAUAG